UUCCCCCUUAAUGGAAGUACGUUACACGCGUGAGGAGGCAGAAGACAGCGCUGUGCUGUACAGUGGUUAAAAUUAAAACAAGUGUUAUUAGUUGUCAAGAUGGCGGAUAAGGAUGUGGUCAGGGCGCAGUUGUUCUACACUGUGCUGGGUGCCGUGUUGCUGACCUCAGCGCCAAAUGCGGAGGGUGAGAACAAAUGGGUCUGGUCUGGCAGCGGCCGAAGCGCCUCCGGCGGCAGUGCGUCGCCCUACUUCCCAGGGGAAACAAGCCUCCCACUCUACAGGCCGCCAGCACCGGUGUUCGAAACCACCGACUUUAUGAACUCUCCGCCGUUCUUACAGCCUUCGCGUCCUGUGUCUAGACCCCCUUACAACAACCGUCCGAUCAACGUGCCUCGACCUGACGGUCCUGGGCCUCAGGUUUCACGGCCUGGAAAUUCUGGAGUAUUAACCAAUCCAGACGUUUCACGGCCCGGAGGUCCUGGAAUAUUAACUGGUCCGGUCCCAUCGUGGGAACAACGACCUGGUGACAAGUUCGUCUACAAGGACUACGAGCAUUGCAAGUGCGCAUAUUCGUUCAACUGCGCAUCUCCAGGAAUAAAGUUCGGGCACUGUGACUCUGGGAAGCAGUACUGUUGCUACAAUCCCAAGCCCGGUCCAAACUUGGCGCCAUCUGCAGUCAACAGAGGACCAGGAUUCAUCGAUUCUCCUGCGAAACCUACUUAUGAUCGCCCUAUCCUAAUUGGUCCUGGUGGUCCAACAGGAAUUGUCAGUGAAGGAAGUCGUCCCUUCAAGCCUCCUGGAGGGCUUUAUAGACCUUUGGCAGGAGAGGAACUUGAUGAAGAUUUUAGGAUGAAUAGAAGACCUUAUCAAAGAUAUGGUACCAUCAAUGAUGAACACUUCCCACGACCACCAUAUGAUCCUUAUGCCCGAAGUGCUAACAUUGAGAUGAAGAAGAAUGGCAAGAAACUGUAACGGGUCUCUGUUCAUAUGUUUCAUGUGAAAUAUAGUAAUUAUAUUCAUAUAUAUCAUUUAGUUUUCCGGAAUCUCAGAAGUUAUAAUUUCAUAUUAUAAAUAAUGCAUUAAACCUUUCUUCCAUUGAUAUCAAAGAUGCUUUAAGAGUUCAUUUUUAAGAUAAUUUGUCCAUAAAAGGGUGGAGUAUGAAUUUACUUUAUUAACGUGUAUAAAACAGUAGCCAAACUUAUCUUAAAUAUUAGAGUUUUACUGCUAACACUUCAGUCACUGCAUUCUUAAUCAUCAAUAAUUUCAGUUUACUACUUAUUCAAUAAUUAUUCAAAAUAUCCCCUUGUGUAUUAUUUUAUAACUCAUUUAUAGUUCACAUACCUCGUAUAUUUAAUGUGUUAUUUACGUUGUGAUAUCGUAUUAUUGUGUUUAGUUUGUGUGUGAUCUCUGCACAAUGUACAUAAAAUGAACGCUUACCAUGAAGGUAAUUUCCAUCAGUUUGCCACCAUACUGAAAUAAAGCAAUUUUAUCCCAGUGUUUGACGAAACUUUAUGCUACGAAGACAUGUGAGGGGACACAGCUCUAAUUUUACGUAUUCCUAACCCCGGAGGUGAAUGAUGAAUGGGGUUCGACAUUAACAGUUAUACAGAAAAUUUUAUUUUAAUCCAUAUUAAUCAAAUACAAAGAGUGCUUCAUGUGCAGUACAAAUCAGAUUUCAUUAGUAGUUCUCUUAAACAAGACUCGUCGUACUAAUAUUUCAGUGAAUGAUAUUCAUAAAGAAAUGAUUUCUGUUUACUGUGGGAAGUGUUUGUCGCGUAAAGCGGUUCACAGCUGGGUCGAG